AUGAGGGCGUUUUUGAAAUCUUUAGAUGAGCGUGUUUGGCAAAUUGUGGUAAAUGGUUGGUCAGUCCCUAGUACCACAAUAGAUGGUGUAGUCACUCCUACCCCUAUCGAGAACUGGUCUAGAGCUCAAUUGGAUAGCUAUAAUUUAAAUAGCAAAGCCCUUCAUGCCCUAUUUAUGGCAGUUUCCCCCGAAGAGUUUAGGAGAGUGUCCAUGUGUGAGGUAGCAAAGGAAGUAUGGGAUAUUUUAGAAACCACACAUGAGGAAACUCAGGCAGUUAAUAGUUCUAAGCUGCAGAUGUUGGCCACUGGGUUUGAAGAGAUAAGAAUGAGAGACGAUGAGAUGUUUGAUAUCUUUUAUGCGAGCUUAAAUGACAUAGUAAAUUCAUCAUUCAACCUAGGUGAGAAAAUCUCUGAGCCUAAGAUAGUGAGAAAGAUUCUUAGAUCCUUACCUGAGCGUUUUAGGCCUAAAGUCACGACAAUUGAGGAAAGUAAGGACAUAGACACUAUCAAGGUAGAAGAGUUAGUUGGAUCCCUCCAGACCUAUGAAUUGACCUUAGACAAUCCAGCUAAAGAAAAAUCCACAGCCUUAAAAAGCGCUAGGAAUAUCCGGAUGGAAUAUUCUUAUUCUGAUUCACCCAAUGAUGAGGAGAUGGCCUACCUAACUAAAAAAUUUCAAAAAAUGUUUCGGAAUAGGAAGAAGCUUCAAGAGAGACAAAGAGGUGACCGAAGUGAAUCUAGGAAGAACUCUAAAUCUGUGAGAUGCCAUAACUGUCAUGGUUUCGUUCAUAGUGAGAAAUCUACCCGUGAGGAGAGUGAAAAAUAUGUGGCCUUCGUUGCUAGGGGUAAAAGUGGAUCCGAUAAGGGGAGUGAAAGGACGGAGGAUUUAGAUAGUAGUGAAGAUUCUGGUGAUAAGAGUGGAAGUGUGGAAGAUCUAGAAACAGCCUAUGAUAUGAUGUAUGAGGAAAGCUUCAAGAUCUUAGCCACUAGCCAAGCAAUGAGCAAGAAAGUGAAAGAGCUUAAACUAGGGAAGGAACAGUUAGAGGCCUGUGUUAGUGAUCUCACCAGUAAGAAUGAGAUGUCCUCUAGGAGAGUUAAACACCUUGAGAGUGAGCUAGAGUUGUCUAGGUUUCAGUUACUUGCCUUUUCUAGUAGUUCUGAAAGGCUAGAUAAUAUUCUAGGAAUGGGCAAGCCGACUGGUGAUAAGGGAGGUCUAGGUUUUGAUCUGAAUGUUGUUAGUACAUCACAGACCACCUUUGUUUGUGCUACUAACCAGCCAAACAUUGUGACUAACCCUAUACCAAAUGUUGUGGGAACUUCAGGACGUAGGUCUACCAGACGUCGUAGGACUCGUCGGCCUAGGAAUAGAAAUCAGCGUAAGCAUAUCACAGGUCCUAGGUUUAUCCCUAUACGUUUUCACUGUGGAGAGUUAGGUCACAUCCGCCCUAAGUAUCAUCACUACCUGAACAAUAGGAAAGACUUGAGCUUGAAAAAGAACAAAAAUCAGGUGUCUGUUGGUCAAAUUGGAUUCCUUACUGAUCAAGUGAAUCAUUUGACUCAAUUGAUGACACAGUUAUCUGGAAACAAUCCUCCCUCUAGACAGGCUUGGGUGAAGAAAAGCAAUCUCUCAAAUUUGGUUAGAGAUCGUGGUGCUUCUAAAGGAAAGAUCACUUAUAUACCUACUUGA